AUGAAGACCUUUUUGUCAGACGACUUCGUGUUGCAGAAGGUGACUCUGGAUGAUUUGGGCAUCGCGUCAAUAUGCUGGGGCAGCUUUACACUAGGAUUUGGUUUUUUAACCACCUGGAAGGCCAUGAAGCAGUCAACAGCUAUGCGCAAACGCUACGGAAUUGUCAGACUAAGGAGUAAUGCUUAUGUGUGGAUGAUCUGGUGUGAGAUCGCCGUCUGCCUUGCCUUCAGUAUCGCCUGUUGGCUGUAUCUGAGAGGCAUUAUUGCUCCAAGUUUCGCUUUCUACUUCAGCAUCUUGACGUUGUGGGCUCUGCAAGUCCAAUUUUUACUUCAGAUUAUCAUUAAUCGUAUCGGUGUGCUCAUGUUGGACCGCAAGAAGGCAACCAACCUCAAAUAUGGUGUCGCUAUCCUCAUCACACUUAUCAACAUAUCUGUGUACUGUAUAUGGAUCAACGACGUAUGGGACCGAUGUGAGAAGGUCAUCUACCUCGUCGUGGAUGCUAUGCUCAAUUUUCUCUUUGUUCGCGUCGUUCGUCGUAAUCUUGUCAAGCCUGGUCUGAAGAAGUACGAGAGUUUGGUCAGAUUCAACCUGUGGAUCAUUGGAUUCUCUUUGGCCAUGGACGUUCUCAUCAUUGCUAUGAUGUCUUUGAAGAACUCUUUUGUCUACAUGCAGUUCCAUCCGCUCGCAUAUGUAAGUCACUAUUGUCAAUUUCUCUUAUGUAUCGGUAUAUCUCAAACGACGACACUAACGCCUUUCAGNAUCGUGAAACUCAACAUUGAGAUGACAAUGUCUGAACUCAUCUCCAAGGUCGCACGAGCCCAGAACAACCCCCACGGCGCAGUCAUGCCAAGUACGAGCACCGGAGAUCGCUCAGGAGGACGAUCUCGCGUCACCAGAACAGGCGACGACAAGACUCUGACCCAGUCAAAGAUCAAUGCUUUCACCGGUCGAUCUGAGGAUAUGGAGAUGGGAAUCUUGGAGAACACAGGCCCACCACACCACAACAAUCUUCGCACACAGAUCGAAGCCGACAACUCCUCAACUGACGGCUCCGACCAUGAUGAAGAGCCGAUCAACAAGGCGACUGGGUUCGUGGUUCGACGAAAGCAAGAAUUCCAUGUUCGAGUAGAGCACGCGACUCCAUCACCAGACGCAGACGUGGACAGAAGAUUGGAAGACGGAGGCACGGUAUCAUCAAGAGAAGGGGUCGAACAGAAAGAUGCACAACAUUGGGAAUCAUAUUAA